GUCAAAAAAUCAAAUCAUAACAUUGCGUUUUGUUUACAAAAGUGAGCCAGAUUGUGAAAUUCUUCACAGAAAACAAUUAAAUUGCCAAAAUGAGCAGUGACGAAAAGGACACCGACGAUGAAACCUGGAACAAGAUUCAGGCAAAGCGCGACGAGCACAAGGCAAUGGUGGAACAGGAAACCAACCCCAGUCGGAAGAAGCUCCGGUCCUGGCUGAACAACACCUUCCGGGUGAAGAUGUCCGACGGGAGGAUUCUGAUUGGGAUGUUCGUUUGCACAGAUGCGGACGCGAACGUGAUUCUGGGGCUGACCAGCGAGUACACGGAACAGGGCGGAGAGGAGCGGAUUCUCGGGUUGGUCAUGAUUCCAGGGCGGUACAUCGUUUCGAUCGAAGUCGAGGACAAUUCGGUUGCUGCUGCUAGUUAAGACAGACUGGGGGUUGGUUUAUGUAGCUUUAUUUAUUGAUGUAUUUCCUAAUAACUGUACAGGGCGCGCGAAAUAAACAUGUAAAACAAGUCCUUAUUGAUCCACAAAA